AUGCUGAUCCCGACCCUCGCCGCUAUCGAGGACUCCAACCCCGAUGUCUACGUCCGAAUCGAUGGCAACCUUGACGCCAACAAGCCUGUCGAUGCAAACGAGCCCGAUACCGAGCCUGUUAUCGAAGCUCCCCCUCCGAUGCCCAUCACCAGCAAACUACGCACCACGAUUCAGCACCUCCGUGCCCGUGCCGGUUUCCUCUCCCGCUUCCGUGGCUUGAGCAUGCUCGUCACUUAUGGUCUUGCACAAGGGCUGGUCUUUUCCAUGAUGCCGUUCUCUAUCAACGCAUUCUUCUCUCAGUUUGUUGUCGGCAUGAUCUGCAGCGUUGCAUUGGCGAACCUGCAGUUGGCGUGGGUUCACAUUGUUAUCUCCGAGCCUUCUCCCAAACGUUUCUACCAGCGGAUCCCCGGUUUCGAUGCCUGGAAGAAGAUCGCUCCUGUUGUUGCUUUUGAACACGCCGUUACCAAUGCCGCAUACUACAUUCCCCUGAUCCUGAUCAGCGCUUGCAACGGCUUCAAGAACAUUGAGAACCCCUCCGGCGGUGACUCCCCAGCCAAAACUCUCGCCGGCGCAGCUACGCUCGUCUCCCUGCCAGCUCUUCUCUCUUUCGUGGUGUCUAUUCCCGCCCGGGCCAUCUUCAUCCGCGUGGCUGCGUCUAUGCUCCCUGAGGAGGAUGAGUCGAUUGUGCCUUUCGACCGUUCCUUUGGCGGCAAGGUCUCUCCCGCCAUUGUCGGCGGCAGCGGCAAGCUGAGCAUCAUGGAUGCUUGGAAGACUUUCGACCGGCCUGCUCUGGUCCGCUUCGUCAAGGCCAUCGGCAAAGGUUUCGCUAUCGAGGUUGCCGUGGCUGCAUUCUUCACCACUCUGCUGGUUGCGCAGGUUUGGGCUGGAGCGGUCACCUAUGGCUUCGCUGGAAACAACGCUUAA